UGCGUUCAAACCGGUAGUUAGCCAACUACCACAGGGGAAAAAAAACAAAACCCUAACAAAUAAACGACAAUAGUGGCUAAUUUUUAAAAGUUAAUUCGGAUUUUGUGUUACAUAUUUGAUUUUUAUUUUAUUUCUAAUUGAGACAGAAGAAAACUCGCGCUGACGUCCCUUUCGUAACGGUCCCUCUUCUCCCGUCCCAUUUUCACUGCAUAAUUCUUUACUGAAUACCUUAGCAAGCCGCCAAAGUGGAGUGUGUUAUUGCACAAGGGGGACCUUCUCUUUUCAGUGUAAGGGGAGGAGGUGGGGGUGCACCUCAGCACUAUCCCAAGACUGUCGACAACAGCGAGUCCCUGGGGAAACCCCCAGGCGCUAGCAGUGAGAGAUGGGUUCCUUCUCGAAGCACUAGACGAGAUGCAGCAUCCUCCGCCGAAAAAACUCAAAAUGACAGAAUCUUCAGAAAACAUACUCAACAAGCUGACACCUGAGAAAUUCGACAAACUUUGUCUUGAACUUCUCAAUGUGGGCAUCGAUUCCAAAGUUGUCUUAAAAGGAAUAAUCUUGUUGAUUGUCGACAAAGCUCUUGAAGAACCCAAGUAUAGUCAGCUAUACGCUCAGCUUUGUCAACGCUUGUCAGAAGAUGCACCGAACUUUGAAGAGCCACUUGAAACCCCAGCCGCAAACAAACAUAACACAACGUUUAGAAGACUUCUCAUAUCCAAGCUUCAGGAUGAGUUUGAAAAUCGUGCCAGAAAUGUCGAACUGUUUGAGAAACAUGACGCGCCACUCACCACGGACGAGGAGGAGCAGCAGGCUAUUGCGAAGAUCAAGAUGCUGGGCAAUAUCAAAUUCAUUGGAGAACUUGGCAAACUUGGUCUCAUUCACGAAUCCAUCCUCCAUAGGUGCAUCAAGACACUAUUGGAGAAAAAAAGAAGAGUACAACUCAAGGAUAUGGGUGAAGACCUUGAAUGCCUCUGUCAGAUAAUGAAGACUGUGGGGCCUAAACUUGACCAUGAAAAAGCUAAGGCUUUAAUGAACCAAUAUUUUAGCCGGAUGCAGGCCCUGGCUAACAACAAAGAGCUGCCAUCUAGGAUUCGUUUCCUGUUGCAGAACAUCAUAGAGCUACGAGAGGAUAGAUGGUCCCCUCGCAAAGCCUAUGUGGACAAUGGACCCAGGACAAUUAGUCAGGUCCGACAAGAUGCAGUGAAGGAGUUGGGUGUUUUUAUUCCUCCACAAAACGAUGGAUUCAAGAAUGAGUUCUUUGUGGAUAACUCCUUCAUGCCAUCCAAAAUCAAGUUUGACAGGGAGACUAUUGGAGGCCUUGCUGACAUGUUUGGACAAAUGCCUGGAAGUGGCAUUGGCACCGGUCCAGGGGUCAUUCAAGACCACUAUUCUCCCACCUUCAGCCGCCAUCGAGCCAACCCAAUGUUCAAUGGCCACACUGGCAAUUCCAAUGGAAUGCAUCAGCCGCCAUAUGAAAAUGGAACCAAGCAUUACAACAAGACUAACCAGGGGCAGAAUUCUCCAGUUUUUAGCCACAAACAAAAUCAUUCAAGCCAGAUGCAGUCUAAGGAAAUGGGGUCAAGAUUCAACAAAAAAGGGAAGAUGAAUGCAGAAGAAAUCAGCCUGAGACCAGCACAGUCUUUUAUGAUGAAUAAAAAGCAACUUCCAAAACUGCAGCCACAAGUGACAAUGAUGCCUCCAAGUGCUCAAGGAUCUCCACUAGGACAGUCUCCUCAGCUUGGUCUGAGAAGCAAUCCACCACCCAUUCAAGAAAAGGCAAAGUCUAACAAAAAGGCACCGCCAACUAAGGAGGAGUUGCGUAAAACAACUGAAACUAUUAUGUCUAACUACCUAAACAACAAAAAUGUCAACGAUGCUGUGAACAGUGUGCGGGACUUGAAGCCUCCCAAGCACUUCCUGUCUGAGCUCGUGAGCAAGGUUGUAGUGUAUUCCCUCGACCGCUCUGAUGAGGACAGAGAACAUGCCAGUACUUUUGUCCAUACACUGUGCACCAGCGGCCUUGUGACUGGAGAGAACCUGCUGCAGGGCAUUUUGUCGGUUGUCGAUCAGUGCCCCAAAUUAGAGGAAGAGGUCCCGUUGGUGAAGUCCUACCUGGCUCAGUUUGCAGCCCGGGCCAUCAUAGCAGAGCUGGUCAAUAUGUCCGACUUGGCUCACCACCUGGAGAAUGGUUCCCACUUCCCUCUGUUCCUCUUGUGUCUGCAGCAGAUGGUCAAACUCAAGGACCGCGAGUGGCUCUCUGACCUCUUUCAACAAAGCAAAAUCAACAUGCUUAAGAUGCUACCUGAAAUUGAUCAAAACAAGGACAGAAUGCUGGAAAUAUUGGAGGGCAAGGGCCUGAGCUUUUUGUUCCCUCUAAUGAAACUGGAAAAGGAGCUGUUGAAGCAGAUCAAAGUUGAUCCUUCUCCACAGUCUAUAUACAAGUGGAUCAAGGACAACAUCUCUCCAACUCUUCACACAGAUAAAGGCUUUGUUAACAUUCUUAUGACCAGCUUUUUGCAGUAUAUCAUGUAUGAGAUCAAUCCUGAGGAUGAUGAAGAGCAACUUGCAUCACCCAGCAAAGAACAGCUUGAUGAGGAAAAGCAACUGCUACUAUCUUUCAAACCAGUUAUGCAAAAGUUCCUCCAUGAUCAUGUUGACCUGCAAGUUAGUGCCCUGUAUGCCCUUCAGGUCCACUGUAACAGCAAGAGUUUUCCUAAAGGAAUGUUGCUACGCUACUUUGUCCACUUCUAUGACAUGGAGAUAAUUGAGGAAGAGGCCUUCCUCUCAUGGAAGGAGGACAUCACACAGGAUUAUCCAGGAAAAGGAAAGGCGCUAUUUCAGGUAAACCAGUGGUUGACUUGGCUCGAGACUGCAGAGGAGGAAGAGUCAGAUGAUGAGGAUUACUGAGAACGGGGCAAAAGCCAUGCAACAAGUUUUUUUUUUUCUUUUUUUUUUUUUUUCAUUCUUGUCUUGUCCUUGUGUUUUUGUUAGUAUUAUUCAACCACUGUUACACUUCAUUCCCCAGUGACUCAUCAACCCAGAAUCAACACUUUAUUUAUGCAUCUCUUUAUAUGUGGUUUAAAUGCAUGUCUAUGUUUGGGAGUUUUUACAGAUGGUAUAUUGCAGGCAAAUGCACCAGCAUCAGAUCUAACCUAUUAUGACUUGGUCACUAAGUGCUAACCAUAGAUUUAAGAACUGUUUACAAGAGAAGGCUCUAAACGUCAAGGGCUCUUUCACUUUAUCUACGCUUGUUAAAAUCGGUUUGAGAUGCACUUUGCCAAGCAUCAUGAGAUGUGCAAUAGAUUUACACUCUCCUUGAUUUAUGAAACAAUCUUUUGCAAAGGUUAGUUGUGGUAAUAAUGGUUUCAUGUGCUGAACGCAGGCUUUAUUUUAAGAACAUGAUUUGUAUUCAGUAAUGGUCUUUUAUUUGCACAAUGUGGUUGCAGUUUUAUUUUAGUUUAGGUAAUUGCUUUUGUAUGAAUCUUUUUGUGUGGCCUUUAAUUUAUCAGAUGGAUAUACCUCUAAAGUAUCGGACUAUACUUGAAUGUCUCCGUUCGGACAUGCCGAGACAGCCAAAGGUUUAAGUUUCCUGUGCUGCAGUUGUCCACCAUCCCAAAGUGGUGAUUUUUAAGUUUUAAUAUCUUUUUAUCUCCAUGAAAUUGCAGAAAUUAUGUAUGUGUAAACUUGGGCUUUUUAAUCAUUGUUGAUGCCAUCUGCUUUAAAGCCUAGGUGUACAACUACAGAUCAACCUUUAAUAAAGUCUAACAAUGAA